CGGCCGGUCCUGGCCUUCCGGGGGGUGGUGGGGUUCCCACGACCCCUCCUCCCUGGGUCGGGGGUUUGCUCGCUGAGCCCCGCUUUCUCGCUCCCCGCCAACAUCCGGUGGCCGCCCGGACUGAAAUCGCUCGCGCCCGAGGCUGGAACGGGACUGGCGACUUCGCUGUGCCGGGGCCUGCCCAAGCAAGCUGAAGCAUCUGGGCUGAGUUGGUGCAAGCUGGGCAGGUUCUGGUAGCUGGAGCCGGGGCGACAGUGGGAGGGCCGCCUUUCUUUACAGCUCUCUCUUGGAGGAAGGGUCGGGGCGCGUGACGGCAGGGGCUGUGUGUGGUUUCGGCAUGUCAUGCGAACCCAGCGACGGAGACACAAGCUAGCAACCUUGGAGCCUCGUGUAUUGUGUGAGCCCGAGCGGUAUAACUAUGGUUCGGCGUGCUGUGGGAACCUAGGCCAUUGGGCUAAUUGAGUGAACCAGGGUAAAGUUAGGGAUUGGGUAUCUUGGGAGGGGCCAGAGAGGAUUGCCUCAUGUAAGUUGUGUGUCUGCAAAAUGCUAACCCGUGGUUAUGUGAACAGUGAUUUACUGAUUCAGAUGUCUGGGAUCACCCAGCAUACUGAACCACAUUCAGGUCUUUCGGGCUCUGGGGACCUUAUUGUUUAUCACACCAGUAUCCCCCCCACCAAAAAACCCCUACCGUAGUGAAGCAGCACUCAUGUUAGUACUGAUAAGGGCGUGCAGGCAUUUUUCUGGGUGAAUCCCAAUAAAGAUAUUUCUAGUGUUGUGCAGAACAUUGUGAAUCUGAAACGUUUCAAGCUCAACACACUGAUUUUAGAUACAGUGUGUUUUGACUGUUCUGAGCUUUAAAUAUUUCCAUUUGGCAUUCAAAACAGACAUGUUUUGAGCUUGAAAUGCAUCUGGAAUGGUUGGGACAGUAUGAAUACUUCCACUAAGAUUGGAAGACUCAUCUUGAACUGAGAGUAACCAUUUGAAACUGAAAGCAGGGCAACUUGAACUCUAAAUUUGAUGUCUUGAUCUCAAAACAUUUUGCAUUUUGUAUACAGAUGUUGUACUUUUAUGGAUUUUUUGUUAUUUUUCCCCUCACGGAUCUAUAAUGUAACAGAACAUAAAGGGCAGAAAUACUCCAGAGAUCAUCUAGUGCAAACCCUAACCCAGCACAGGGUUCUAGUGCUAUAACAGUCCCAACAGCCAUCCAGUUUCUGUUUAAAGGCUUCUUGUGACAGUAUGCUUUAUUGUUGAAGAGCUCUUAUCAGGAUGUUUAUCCUAAUGCUGAACUGUCUUCCUUGUAAUUUAAAUCCAUCUUUUUUGUCAUCUGGAACAACUCUGAACAAUUCUGCCCAUUUUUCUACAUAACAAUCCUUCAGAUACUUGAAGACAGCUAUCAUGUAUCAGGUCUCCAGGGUAAGCAUACUCAGUGGCUCCAACUGGAAUCUCAUCUCAGUUGCUCUACUCUUAAGUUCCUCAGUUUGUCAAUGUCCCUCCUAAAAUGCUGUGCCCAGAACUGAACACAAUAUUUUAGAUAUGGCUUCACCAACCUAUCUUUGUUUAACAACUUCCUCCUGAUUAUGUGACAGGAGUGUGCUUAAUCUGUUUACUGGUUUAAUUUAUUUUCUGGGUUUGCAUAAUACUUUGAAUCAUAAACUAAUCAAAUAGUCCACAUAACAUGGUAAACACAUACAUAUUCACAUAGGGUUAAAUUAACCAAACCUAACAUGUUGUGGAAAUGCAACUGCUAGGUUUUGAAUUGAUCAUUAUGUUUGUUGGGUGAACUGUAGCAUUAAGGAUUUGUAGCACAUUAAAAACUAAUAUAAUUGCACAAGUGUUCUGAUGAAGGAGACAGUGAUCCUUAAGCACUUAUAUCAUAAUAAAUGUGUGGUCAUUAAAAUGCUUCAGUAUUCUUUCAAAUAAAAUUUGCUAAGGCAUUAUACCUCAGCAAAAUUCUGACAACAAUAAAUGUUUUAUUUUAUUUUCUCUCCACCUCAGAAAGUAAGAAAGAUUUAGUCCUCAUCUUAAGCUUGUAUCUUUUACUCUAAAGUACGUUCCAUUCAGCUCAACAGGAUAUAUUCACUAGUAAGCAAGUUUAAAAUGGCAGUGGCAGAUUUCUUUUUCUUCUGAUAAUGUGUAGAGAGAGGAUGUGUGAAGGAAGUCCUCCUAAUUUCUAUUGCUUGGAGGAAUGCAAUGGGCAGAGAUUAUUCUUUUUUAAAAAAAAUUACAGAAGGAAUCAUGGGAGUUAGAGAACAAUUAAUGAAAACUCAUCCUGGAAGGUUGGGAACAUAAUAGAGUAGAUAAAAAAGAACCAUGCUGGAUCAAACCAAAAAUCCAUUUCAUCCAGCACAGUGGCCAGUCAGACGCCUUUGUGAAACCCACUAUCAGAAUAUGAGUUAAGUUGCUUUCUCCUACAGUACUUGUGUUCCCUGGCAACAGUGAUCCAAAAACACCCUAGCUAUGAUGCUAAAGGUAAUAUAUAACAAUUCAUUGGUAUCUUUAUCCUCCAUGUACUUGCCUAUUUUUGUAGCAGUCCAAGUUGGCAGGCAUCACUUUAUCUUGUGAUAGCAAAUUUCAUAAUUUAAUAACAUGCUGUGUGAAAUACAUCCUUUUAUCUGAUAUGAAUCUUUCACUGUUCAGUUUCAUUGGAUAACUUCAGGUUUAAUAUUAAGAGAUUAAUGGUAAGAGUAGAGUGUUGCUGACCCCAAAGUUGAGAAAUUGUUGAAAAGUACAGUUAAAUCAGAGUGAGUUCUCAUAGUUCGACUCUUCCUCACACCUACAAAGGUGAGAAUGGCUUGAUCUGGGAGAGGGGAAAUAUCACAUGAAAAGGGGAAAGAGAAGCUUAUAUUGGCAUCCCCAAGGCUUGAGUUGCAGGUGGGGAGGAUUUUAUUACUGAACCCCUUAGAGGAAAAAAAAGGGUAUUCUCUUGUUCUGAAAGGAAAAAAAAAAAGUGGGAAGGGCUAAGGAAGAAAUACUUAUAAGAUGGGGAAGAACUUGUAUUAGGUCUUCUCUAAAUAUUGCUUUGGAGAGGUGAUAAAAGGUGAAGCUAAUUGUUCCAAAUGGUGCUUGGGAAGGCAGAGAAAAGAGUACCAAAUCUAAGCUAGAUUUAAAAAGAGGUUUUAGAUGAUUAAUGUCAGGAGAGUGCUUUAUUCACCAUAGUAGAGGGGAAGAUGAAGGUAGCUGAUCACCUGGGUUUAAAGCAGAGGGAUGACCUUCCUUAAAACGUAUGAUAAGGGAAUCCAUUUUUAGACUUGUAUAGCAUAUUUAGCUUCGUAUAUCACACUAAGCCAUAAUGUGUUUUGGUUUAAUUUAGCAUAGCCUUUGAAUCCAGCAUUUGCUAUUUGUAAAUCAUGGUUUAUAGGUUAGGAUAUUGUGAAAAGCAAGAAAAUUCAACAAACCAUAGUUAAGAAUUAUGGCUUAUAACUAGUCAUAAUAUUGAAGUACUGGGAGUGGGAAGGACUAGAUUCAAAUUGCCAUUCAUUCACAACAUUUUCUGAGAGUUCUUGAUCAACCCCACAUCUUUCACCAUAAAUUAUGCCAUAGGGUUGCUGUCUGAAUAGAGCAAUGUGUAGGGGUCUGGGGACAAACCCUGUAAACUGCUCUGCACUCCUUGUUGAAUGAUGAGGCAAAAUGUAAUACAUUUGGGAGGCAUAAGAAAAGGCUCCUAUACUUGUUAUAAAUCUGUUCUGCUUGUUUUCCAGGCUCAUGCUGCUACAGAAGAAAUUAGCAAACUUUGAAUCCAAAACAAAAAGCGAAAAUGUAAUAGAAGAACCCAGUAUCCAGGAGAAACCAUUUGCUUGCUGUAUUAUGCCUGCAGACAAAGUAAUGUACAAUGAAGAUGGAAAACACAACUUACAAAAACUGACUUUUGCCUAUAAGGUGACCAGUGAGACUUCAUGACCCUUCUUUAGAAGGCAGAUUCUGCGAGGAUGUUACAUCACCAUUGCCGGAGGAACCCUGAGCUACAGGAAGAGUUGCAGAUUCAGGCAGCGGUGGCUGCUGGGGAUGUUCACACUGUGCGCAAAAUGUUAGAGCAGGGGUAUUCUCCAAAUGGCCGAGAUGCUAAUGGCUGGACCUUGCUCCAUUUUUCAGCAGCAAGAGGGAAAGAAAGAUGUGUUCGUGUAUUUCUUGAACAUGGAGCGGAUCCCACGGUGAAAGACUUAAUUGGUGGCUUCACUGCUCUACAUUAUGCAGCUAUGCAUGGCCGAGCCCGGAUUGCACGCCUGAUGCUGGAAUCGGACUAUCGUGUUGAUAUUAUUAAUGCAAAGAGUAACGAUGGUUGGACUCCCCUGCAUGUGGCAGCUCACUAUGGAAGAGACUCCUUUGUCCGACUCUUGCUGGAGUUCAAGGCUGAAGUUGAUCCACUUAGUGACAAAGGUACUACUCCACUUCAGCUUGCCAUUAUUCGUGAACGGUCCAGCUGUGUCAAAAUUCUCCUAGAUCACAAUGCCAACAUUGACAUUCAAAAUGGCUUUCUGUUACGCUAUGCUGUGAUCAAAAGCAAUCACACUUAUUGCCGGAUGUUCCUUCAGAGAGGAGCGGAUACGAACUUGGGGCGCUUGGAAGAUGGACAGACACCGUUGCACUUGUCUGCUCUUAGGGAUGAUGUACUCUGCGCGCAGAUGUUAUACAAUUAUGGUGCAGAUACUAACACAAGGAACUAUGAAGGACAGACUCCGUUGGCGGUUUCAAUAAGUAUAUCUGGAAGUAGCCGACCUUGUUUGGAUUUCUUACAGGAAGUAACAAGGCAGCCUCGGAACUUGCAAGAUCUCUGUCGAAUUAAAAUCCGCCAGUGUAUAGGCCUUCAAAACCUCAGACUUCUUGAUGAACUACCGAUUGCCAAGGUCAUGAAAGACUACUUAAAACACAAAUUUGAUGAUAUCUGACAAUUUGCAAGAGUUGGACAAUAAGCAGGAUUAGUUUGUAUUCCAGAUACCUUUCAAAGGCUGGUCACCUUGCACAACGUAUAUCCUAUGCAAUUUCUGAUUUUUUGUUUUUUCCGAGAAGUCAGAAGGCAGGUAUACAAUUCCUUUUUUUGGGGGGGGGGCUGUUUUAUACCAAAUGCUAGGAGGUCUUAAUUUUUUGAAUUCUUGGUCCAAGUUUACAAGAUUCAAGCUUUCUAUACAACGUUACAAUUGUGGGAUUGGGUUUUAUUUUGCAGGGGGCAUUUUUUAGCAUCACUUUUAAGAAUGAAGAAGGAACAUUGCUUGUUCAAAGGAAGUCUUCCCCAUCCCUGUAUAGCAUGUGUAAUACUGUGAGAGUGCUGAAUGAAUGCUAAACCAAAUAAGGGUGAAGCUUAAGAGAGCAAUCUACCAUGUGUUGCUAUUGUAUCUCUAUUGGUAGAGAAUCCUAGGCAGACCCUGCUGCAAAGAGUUUCUGUAGCAACACUGAUUGGUAGAUUAAACCCUCUAGCACUAUUCCUACAAAAAAGACCAACACAGCGCCUAUUUAUGCCUCAUGAGGAGUGCUGACAAUUGAUUGGAUUCCACAUGGACACAAUUUUCUGCCCAGAGGGAGGUUAUUUUUUAGAAUCAUGGCUCAGGCGUGUAACUAGGAUGUUCAGAGUUUACUAUAGACAUGGCGACUCUUUGAAAACAUUGCCACCUUCAUUCUUUUUUUUUAUUCAAGUUAGAUCUUCUGCAUAAUUAUUGUACUUCAGAUGUCCAUACUUCUUACCCUUCCUUUGAUGCCAGUAUAAGUGGACUGCUUUUUGUAAUUAGGUUUUACACUGCUCAGAUACUUUUGUGGUCUCUCUGCAUUAUAAAAGCAUUAACAGAAAACAAAUUUAAUUUCAAAGCUGACAUAUCCUGUUUCCAUAUAGUGCCUCAUGUGCAAUAUAUAUAUUUUUUAUUUUUAUUUCCUGUAUCACACAUGUGACUUUCACACAUUCCUAUCCUGACCUCAGUGUGAUGUUUGUUACUAUUGGGAUUGCUGCUUUAUAGUUGUUGGGUUUUUUGUUUUUGUUUUUUGUUAUCACCACCUUCAUUUCAAAGACAUCUGAUUUCAAAUACUGUGGCUCACAUCUGAGCUGUCAUUUUUUUUCAUACAACAGGCUAAGUCAUGGUUUUCUUAGAUCAAAAUCUGAGCUAGCAAUUUGUUUUUAAUUUUUUUAAUGGGGUCCAUGAUUUGUUUCUCUGACAUACUUUCAGCUUGUUUGAUGUUAAACAGAGCCUUAGGCUGAUCCAAACUCCUCCUCUACUUAUUCAGGCCAUGUGAAAAUCAUUCACAACUCGAAAUACCUGCAAAUGUGAAUUAUGCAUGCACAGAUCUCUGUACUAUCAACAGAAAGGCAUGUAAAACUGAAAUGUGGAGUUCGUAGAAUGUGAAUUCUGUGUGUGGGUAUAACUCACUUUUCAUAGGUAUGUUGAACCUCAAGUGGUUGAUCAUAUUCAAUACACAGCUAACAUCACUGCUGGGCCCUUUCUGAAUACCAUAUCCUCCCUGUCAGGAAAAUAAUUCCAUAAUAUUGCUAAAGCCGAGUUGUGCUUUGUAGCUUGAAACUAAUCCUUGAUUACAGUUUAGUUCUAAAUAUUGGCUACUGUGAAUAUCUUAGAUAAGUCUCUUAUUUUAAGGGAGUUGAGAUCAUUAUAUAAAUGGGUUUCUGAUUGUUCUUUAUCAGCAUCUAAUCUUGAAACUUGGAGUGUUUGGAUUUUAGCUCAGAUUCAGCAUUGAUUAUGUUGCAGAAAUGCUGUUGGUUCUCAUGCCUGAGUGUUUCAGGUUUUGAGGCACACAUACAUACCCCACACCCCAUAUAUCAGUUUUGCUAUAUAAUCAGUAGUUCGUAAGAGCAGCACAGUAUGCCUUCAUGUAAGGAUCUCUUUUCUUGCUUUUAGUGGAUUUUUAAGGAACAGUGAUAGUCAAGGGAUUCAUUGCUCCUUUAGCCUCGGUUUUAUAGAAGCAAGCAACAAGUUGAUGGCUCAGUGUAAGGUAACAGGCUAAUAGCACUUUCCCUCCCUUAAAUACUUCAGUAGUUGCUAGAGGAAAGUGCAGUGUUUGCUGAAAUGGCCAAUUAAUUUAUUUUUUCCUUUUAACUUGUGCCAUAGCCAAGUCAAGAAUGCAGUUGAUAUAGAUAUACUAGAUGUAAAUGCAGUGCUAUAGACAGUAAGAUCCCCAUCUUCACAUCAGCAAAUAGCUAUUGUUAAGUUUCAGUCUUCUGAGAAAUGUUUAAAUCCUCCAAUGGUCGAUCUCUUAUGAUUUUUAGGUACUUUGGUAUCUAAGGCCCCAAUCCAGAGGAAGUUAGUUGUGCUUAAGUAUGGUGAACUGGCACAAUGGAUUUGCAGGUCUGAAUCAGUUUGCUUGAUCUAGUGCAUUCUUAACAUCCUAGUUAUCUUUAUGGAUGCAGGGAUCCAUUGUAAGAUGAUUUUAAUUCUGUCUUGCUGCUGUGACUUCAAAAAAUAUAUAAAUGCCAUGCUGAUAACAAAAGAGCUAUUUAAUGAAGUAUGUAACUCCUUUUAUUUAUUUGUUUGAGGUUUAUUUUUGUGUUUCCCCCCAUGUUUUAAUACUUAGCUCAUUUUUAUGAAGUACAUUUUGAGUUACCAAUCUAAAAGUCCUAAACACCACCCUGCAUGCCUUCCUUUCUGUGAAGCUGUGUUGGAAAGUUUAAGGCAAAGGGGGAAGGUUGAACUUUGGGUCCCAGUUGUAUAGAAAAUUAAGCACUUGAGUUAUUAAAUAACUGGGUAGUCACCCUCCCUCUUUAGUUUUAAUGUUCAGGGAAUUCCACAGCAUAUGUACUGUGCUAAUUUGAGGCUGAGAGACAGAAUGUACCAUAUACAUGCAUACCUCUGUGAAAGCUCAACUGGAUGAAGGGUUAUGAAACAGUAGAUUUUAACUUAUUUGAUCCAACAUAACUUCUUUAUUAGACUGACAAUUUGAAGAGGUGUAUAAUAAUUUAUAAAAGAAAAUUAUGAGAAUUUUCUGUUAAAUGUUUGGGCUUAAAAUAUGAAACAGUAUGAGUAUCUGUGCUAGGCCUGUUAUCUCUUCUUGUAUGUUUGUCAACUCUUAAUGGUUUUUUGAAAACGCAGAGAUUGGCAAGCACACCAAAGAAAUGGACAAGAUGAUGAUCAUUAGGAAACCACAAACCUCAUUCUUUUGAAAACAGCUAGAGUUUUGUAAAUAUUUCUGUUUAUAGAUGUACAGCAGAGUGUGUUUUUCUAGAUUAUUUAAUUAUCAUAUUUCUAAUCUAUUUACAAUAUUAGAUACCAUAUUUGUUUAUUCCAAAGGCUUCUGUUUGGAUUGUAAUUUGUUCCCUUUUUUGCUUAAUUCAUUACUCAUGCUAUGAAAAACUUUGUCCUCCUAAGGACAGCAUGAAAACAUAGUAGCCAAAUAUUUGUUAAUAUCUGAUACUUUAUAUAACACAGGGGAAAAGACCCCAUGUGGGAGUAACUUUAGCUCCCUACAAAUUGUGGUUUGCAAAUAAGAGGACACCCACAAGAACAUACACUUCCCAGAAAAUUCCCAACUCCUUCCCCCAUUAAGGCCUUAUUCUUAUACUAAUGCAAAACAGGCUUCCAGUCCUCUUUCAAAUUCUAGUUAAGAUGUGAAUCUUGGCUUACUAUUAACCACACUUAGCAGUAGUAUAGAAGUAAUGCUAAGCUUUGGUUGCAGCUAAGAGUAGAAGGGCAAGAAAGAGUGUAAGGGAGAUCAGAUUCCUGAGGCUACUUCCUAAUGUACUAAUCUUAUUUAUCAGGGAACCGGUAGUCUGCCCGAGGCAUUGAAAGUUCUCUUGAAGAAAAUAGGUCAUUUUUCUGCUCCAGCAAGCUUCUGUUCAUUUCAGCACUGUAGGACUUGAGAUGGAGGCUUCCACUGUGGUUUCAUCACAUCCUUGUCAGGUUGCUACGGCGAACCGAGAGAAUUUGAGACCCCAGUCUGGUUUGAUCAGGUCAAGUCACAACUGUCACUGUGGGAAGGAUAACAUACUAUUUUGUCUCCUGUUCUGUCUUCCACACAGCUCUUUCCGUGUUAGCAAUUUCAUAAUAUAUUUUGUUUUUCUUUUGUAAUGUAAGGCUUUCUGUUGGGUCAUUUUGAAUUAAAAUAAUUUACCAGUUCUUUUAAAUUUGGUCAUCUUCUCUCUAUCUCUCUCUCCCCCCCCCCAUUAGUCCUUUAAAUGUUUUAUAUUGUAAUGAUUGAGAAAUACCAUCUCAGUGCCUGUCUUUUAGAAAAUUACUGUUUGGAUUUAUGAUUUAAUUUUAUUAUUUAUUGAACGCGGAUUCAGCAAGCAUGAUCAACAACUUCAGAUGUGAUAUUUCACUGCUAUCAAAAUUGUGAAGCUCUCAGAUCUGGAGAGCACUUAUUUUCUGAUAAUUUAAGUAAUUGAAUACAUAAAUAGAAUAAAUUGAUUUAAAUUAGCGGUUUAAAUUGCCAGUAUGAGAAGUCAAUUCAAAUACUUGAUUUUAAUCAUAUUUCAUUUACUAAAAGUUUUCUAAUUAAAAUAGCGUCCUGACAUUGCUGUAAUCAUGAAAAUACUUAAAACUGACCCCCUCCCCCCAAGUGGAUUUUCUAACUUUCUUUCAAUAUUUUAGAAGCAAUGUAUGGUUGCAUAUUUUUAGAAAACAUUAUUGGAGAAACACAUCACAGGUGUUUUUUAUUAAGCAUAUUUUGUUCCCAUGCCACAGUGAUAAUCAUCAUUCAGUCACAGAGAUUGGCAUUGUGCAGAUCAGGGUACUCUGUGAUACAGAAGGUAAAUGUCCAUGGUCUGUGAGAAAUGAGUCAGUAGCAAAUUUAUAGUAUGUAACUAUAGCAACAAAAGAUGUCAUUGUUAGAUAAGGGGACUGGAUAACAACUAUGAUCACAUGCCAGAUCCUGGCUGCCAGUAUCAAGCCACGAUGUAGGUUCAUGAACUGUGGCAUUGUACGGUUAGUAGUGGUGCACAUGUAUUCCACAAAGAUUCUCCUUUAGCAGUACAUAAGGGAAUCAUGUUCAGAUGGUGCCUGGAUCAGUUCAGCUUUCAGUUUAAAACAGGCUAUUACUAAAAAGAAACAGAUCGGCUUGUCUGUUGCUUAAAAUCUGAGCAAAGAAUUGCCCAGGUAGGGGAGCUUCUUCACUCAGACCAAAAAAAAAAA